AUGUCUUCCCAUCUAUUCGAUAAUCAAAAUAUAAUUAAAAAUUCAAAUCCAAAUUUCUACAAGCCAGAUUUAAAUUUCUACAGUAAUCCUGUCCCUGCUUCUGCAUCUAGUAUUGAUGGGAGUAUGGGUAUGAGUAUGGGCACGGCAAAUACAAACGAUGGAUACACCAGUCUAUCUCCAAACAGUGCUGGGUUCAUGAGCACCACUUAUCAUGGUCCUUGGUGGCACGCAUUUGGCACUGGCGGUUUGGACGGUGAAGAUGCCUUAUUGAGCGAGUUGGGUAUUAACUUUAGUCAUAUACUCACGAAAUCACUCGCUGUACUCAAUCCAUUCUCUAAUAAAGUUGAUGAUCGCUUAAUGGACGAUGCUGAUCUUGCUGGACCACUCGUUUUCUGGGGUGCAUUUGGUUUAGCUUUGUUGCUAUCGGGUAAGGCGCAGUUUGGUUAUAUUUAUGGUGUGGCCUUGGUCGGUAGUAUUAGUAUAUAUGGACUUCUCAACGUUAUGAGUCCACAAGGUAUUGAAGUUUCACGUACUGCUUCAGUUCUCGGUUAUUGUCUCCUACCUAUGGUUAUCCUAUCCGUGAUUAGCGUACCAUUUGAGAUGGAUAAUUGGAUUGGUUAUGCACUAUCCACUAUCAUCACUUUCUGGUGCACUUUCUCCGCUAGUGGUAUAUUUGUCACAGUCCAGCAGAUGACGGAACAGCGGCUAUUGGUUGCAUAUCCUGUGGCAUUACUAUAUGCGUGUUUUGCAUUAUUGAGUGUGUUUACAGAGGGUGGAGUUGGGAAUAAGCAGUAA